GCGCGGGACGGGGCGGGGCUGCGGCGGCGCCCGCGGGCAGGGUCCGUCCCAAAGCAGCGCACAGGCAGCGAGCAGCGCGGCGCCGCAAGGAUGCUGCGGGCGGGAGCGCCAAGCCCGGAGUCGCCCUGGGCGGGAGAAGUCCACACCGGGACCACCAUCAUGGCAGUGGAGUUUGACGGGGGCGUGGUGCUGGGUUCCGACUCCCGGGUGUCCGCAGGGGAGGCGGUGGUGAACCGAGUGUUCGACAAGCUGUCCCCGCUCCACCAGCGCAUCUACUGUGCGCUCUCCGGGUCAGCGGCGGAUGCCCAAGCCGUGGCCGACAUGGCCGCCUGCCAGCUGGAGCUCCACGGGAUGGAACUGGAGGAACCUCCACUUGUUCUGGCUGCUGCAACCGUGGUGAGAAACAUCACCUACAAAUACCGGGAGGACCUGUCUGCGCAUCUCAUGGUAGCUGGCUGGGACCACCGUGAAGGGGGCCAGGUAUAUGGAACCCUGGGAGGAAUGCUGACCCGACAGCCCUUUGCCAUCGGAGGCUCGGGCAGCACCUACAUCUACGGCUACGUGGACGCAGCGUAUAAACCAGGCAUGUCCCCUGAGGAGUGCAGGCGCUUCACCACAGACGCUAUUGCUCUGGCCAUGAGCCGGGACGGCUCUAGUGGGGGUGUCAUCUACCUGGUCACUAUCACAGCUGCUGGUGUGGACCAUCGUGUCAUCUUGGGCAAUGAGCUGCCGAAAUUCUACGAUGAGUGAAUCUUCCUCAGACUGCCCUUUCUUAUUUUGCAAUAAACGCUCUGGGAUCAGAA